CUAUCUUAUUUCACAGACACCUACACCUCUCCUAGACAUCACAACCCUCCCAAAUAAAUAAAUAUUUGUGAGAAAAUAAUUAAUUGUUUUAGUCUUGCUCUGCUACUAUGAUCUUCUCGUCUCCUUCCUUCCUCCUACUGAAGCCAAGGUAGAGGAGGCAACAAAAAAAAAAAAAGGGAAAAUGGAGAAGAAAAGAAAAGAAGAUCAUACCGUUGUUCUGCUCUUCCUCUCCUAUUAGACCAUUAAGAAAACAGAGAGCCACCUCUCUCUCUCUCUCUCUCUCACUCUCUCACAUUCGUCUCUUGCACAAUAUGCCAGUCCCUUCCUUCUUCUUGCUUCUCUUCCUGCUGUUAUUCUCCACUCCGGCGGUCUCAUCCACCACGCCCAUUCCACGGCGGGCCCUCCACCUGCCCUUCUUUCCCGUGGCCACCCCACCGCCGGCCCAGCCACCAUCCCCAUCCUUCCCGAAAUACCCCUCCUCCUCCAACCCGAAGCCCUUCUUCCCAUUAUACCCCUCCACGCCUCCCCCCUCCGUUCCCUCCUCCCCCGCCACCGGCUCCUCCCUCCCCGCCAACAUCUCCUCCCUCAUCUUCCCCAAUUCCCAUUCUGCUCCUCCCCGCCGCCCCUCCGCUGCCAAGCUCGUACCCGCCGUCGCCCUCCCCCUCCUCGCACUCGGAUUCCUCGCCUUCUCCCUCGCUUUCUUCGUCCGCCGCCGCCGCCGUCGUCUCCCGUCCCAUGACGACAAGAACGCCCGUUCCGACAGCAUCCGCCUCUUCCCCCCCGGCUCCGCCGCCUCCGCCGCCUCCGCCGCCCCUAAGCCCCCCACCUCUGACUUCCUCUACCUCGGCACCCUUGUGAACUCCUGCACAGCCGCCGCCGCCGCCACAGCUGCCGCCGAUCCCUCCCCAGCCGCGUCCGUCCCCCGGCCCAACACCUCUCCCUACCAGAAGCUGGGCUCGCCGGAGCUCCAUCCUCUUCCCCCCUUAUCUCGCCAUGCUCGCCGCGAAUACGGGAAUGCCGACGGCGGGUGCUCGUCGGAGGAGGAAUUUUACUCCCCGAAAGGGUCUUCCGGCGACAAGGAGAGCUCCGGGGGUCUCGUCGGCGGCCGGAUGUCCACCUCACAGCGGACUUUCCCGGCCGUCGCUGCCCCGAUGGAGAAAUGUGGGUCCCGGAGCUCCACGCUGAGCACGCCUUCGUAUCCGUCGUCCAAUUCGGUGUCUUCUCCGAGUCCAUCAUCGCCGGCGGCUUCGUCACCGCCGAUCGGAUCGAGCCCGGCACGGUCCAGCGUCAAAUCUCUGAAACCUAGAUCCGAGAAUGCUGAGUUGGUCGACCUCGGUGUCCCGCCACUGCCGCCUCCUCCGCCCCGCCUGCCGCUCGGGCCGCUGACUCCUUCGCCUCCAAAGAGGAAACCCCCUUCUCCCUCCCCACCUUCUUCACCGGUGGAGAAGGAUCAAGAAAGAAACUCAAGGAUCUCGGACUUCUCCUGUCCGAACUUGCGAUCGCCGCAGAGAAUUGGGGACUUCUCGAGGAACCCAUUUGUUGUUAGCCCCCCGCAGAGGCAAGCCCCGCCGCUCCCGCCGCCGCCACUGAGGCAAGCUCCUCCGCUGCCAGCACCGUCGAGGCCAGCUGCAUCGCGACCGCCACCACCACCUCCUCCGCCACCGCCGCCGCCGGUUGGUUACUGGGAGAGUCGGAUCCGAAAGCCACAGGCUAGCCAGCCUCCAGUUCUCACUCCUCCCAGACCUACUGGAAUGAAGAAUUCUUCCACAGCGGCUUUCCCAGCAGAAUCUCCGGUGAAUUCGGAUGCAGUGGAGAAGAGCGAGGAGACCCCUCGCCCAAAGUUGAAGCCUUUGCACUGGGAUAAGGUCCGGGCGAGCUCUGAUCGAGAAAUGGUGUGGGAUCAGCUGAAAUCGAGCUCAUUCCAAGUAAAUGAGGAGAUGAUUGAGACUUUGUUUGUUUGCAAUGCAACAAACACAGCCCCAAAGGAGACGAACAAGCGACAAGUGCUUCCAAUUCCAAAUGAAGAUAACAGGGUGCUUGAUCCGAAGAAGUCUCAGAAUAUUGCUAUCCUCCUGAGGGCACUGAAUGUGACAAAGGAGGAAGUCUGUGAAGCCCUAUUGGAAGGUAAUAUAGAUAGCUUAGGAACUGAGCUAUUGGAGACUUUGCUAAAGAUGGCUCCAAGCAAAGAAGAAGAGCUUAAAUUGAAAGAGUACAAAGAUGAUUCCCCGAUCAAGCUUGGUCCUGCAGAAAAGUUUCUCAAGGCAGUGCUUGAUAUACCGUUUGCUUUUAAGAGAGUGGAUGCGAUGCUUUACAUUGCUAAUUUUGAUUCAGAGGUCAAUUAUCUUAAGAAAUCGUUUGAAACUCUUGAGGCAGCCUGUGAUGAUCUGAGAAACAGCAGAUUGUUUCUGAAGCUUCUAGAAGCCGUUCUAAAGACCGGGAACCGCAUGAAUGUUGGUACCAACCGUGGUGAUGCACAUGCCUUUAAGCUUGACACACUACUCAAGCUAGUUGAUGUCAAAGGCACCGAUGGCAAGACUACUCUUCUGCAUUUUGUUGUCCAGGAAAUCAUCAGAUCUGAAGGCUCCCGCCUUUCUGCCGUGACCCCAUCAGCUGCCAAAACCCAGGCAAAUACUCUACGAGAUGACCUUGAGUGCAGAAAGCUUGGCCUCCAAGCUGUCGCUGGCCUUGGGUGUGAGCUCAGCAAUGUGAAGAAAGCAGCCACAAUGGAUUCUGAGGUGCUCAGCAGCUAUGUCUCUAAACUUGCUGGUGGGAUUGGGAAAAUAACUGAGGUUUUAAGAUUGAAUGAAACCUUGAAUUCAAAGGAAAAUAGCCAGCAAUUUCAUGAUGCUAUGAGUGGGUUCUUAAAGAAGGCAGAGGACGAGAUCAUUAAAAUCCAGGCACAUGAGAGUGUUGCACUGUCUUUGGUCAAGGAAAUAACCGAGUAUUUCCAUGGCAACUCAGCCAAAGAAGAAGCUCACCCUUUCAGAAUUUUCAUGGUGGUCAGGGAUUUUCUAGCCAUCCUUGAUCAGGUCUGCAAAGAGGUUGGAAGGAUAAAUGAUCGCACCAUUGUCAGCUCAGCACGCCAAUUCCCAGUACCUGUAAAUCCAACACUACCACAUGCAUUCCCAAGGUUCCAGGCAUUGAGGCCUGAAAGCUCUGAUGAGGAAAGUUCAUUGUCAUCAUAAGGCUUAACGCUUAGUGCUCCUGGCUGAUGCCUCUUUCGAGUAGAAGGUUUUGCUGGCUAUCAGCUGAGAAGUGCAGUGCCACAUGGAAUCAAAAUGCCACUUAUUUAUAUAUAUAUUUUUUGUACCUGUAGAAUAUGGAUGUAAAAGAUUCUUGGAAUUUUUAUGCCUAUAUAUAUACACAAGGAAAUCUAGAUUAGAGAAAAAUGUUGGGAAACUGGCUUCUUUGACUCAGAUCACGUAUAUCUGUUGAAAGCUUUUCUCAAAAGAUCAAUGUGCAGAAUUUGGAACAAGUUUCAGUUGUGCAGCUCAUUGUUAUGAGUGGCAACUUACAUUAUAGGUGAUAUGAACCUAUGAGGCAGACAUUAUGUUCUUGGAAUUUUUAUGCCCAUGUAUAUACAGAAAGGAAAUCUAGAUGAGAGAAA